AUGCGGGAGGUCACGGCUUUCACGAAUACAGGGUGUUCGAUGGAACUGUUUCAGCAACAGCUGCUCUUAACACUCGCAUUACUCGUGUAUUUGGGAAAAGAAACCACUGAAGCCCCAUCUUCUCCGCUGUACAAACGUGCUGUGUCUAAAAGCGAUUACGACGAGCAGUUCCAGGAGUUUUUGAAGGACUUGAAUACGCAGGACGAUGAUGCUAAAGAUCCUUUUAGCGCGGAUAAUUUAAAACCGGCGGUGGAAACGCCGAAACCGAUCAUCAUCGAUAAAUCCAGUUCAGAUUCGUUCAAAAAUACAGAUGAUUUGGACAGCACCAUUAGCGAAAUAUUUGGAAGUAAAGACUCCCCCAAGAAAGGUAGUGGUGAUGAACUGCAUGAAGCAAUUAAUCGUGUAUUUGGAAAUAAUCCUUCACCAAAUGAACAAACCCAAUCGAUCCAAGAACAUAAAAAUAUUCAUCAUGAUUUUAAAGGGAGCUCAGGUGGACCGGUUUUCGAUCUAGGUGGACCAAAAAAAGAAGAACUAUUUAAUGCUCCUCACACACAUUUUGGUAAUUCCAAUCUAGGUGGUCCAAUAAAUGAACCAAACAGAGGACAAUUAUUUAAUGGACCUAACAGAGAGAACGAUAUGAAUUUUGGUACUCAUUCCUAUCAUGAUGGAUCAAAAAAAGAAGAAACAUUUAAAGCACCUCAUAGACACGGUGGUACACAUUUCGGUAAUUCCAAUCUAGGUGGUCCAAUAAAUGAACAACCAAACAGAGGGCAAUUAUUUAAUGGACCUAACAGAGAGAACGACAGGAAUUUUGGUACCCAUUCCUAUUAUGAUGGACCAAACAAAGAAGAAAUAUUUAAAGAACCACACACAGAGGGUGGUAACCAUAUUCAUAGGCCUAAUCUAGGUGGUUCAAUAAAUGAAGAAUUAAGUGGCCCAAACAGAAGACCUAACGAUAUGAACUUUGGUACUCACCACUAUCGAGAUGGACCAAAAAGGGAAGAAAUAUUUAAUCCACCUCACACACAAGGUGGUAUGAAUAUUCAUAGGCCUAAUCUAGGUGGUCCAAUUAAUGAAGAAUUCAUUAAAGGACCAAGAAGAGGACACUUUAAUGAACCUAAUAUGAUAGGAGAUCUACCACACUAUCCAGAUGGACCGAAAGAAGGGGAAAUAGUUGAAGGACCUAAUGGAGAGAGUGAUACAAAUGGCGGUAUCUUGAGCCUGGGUGGAUUAAUAAAAGAUAUAUUUAAUGGACUUAAAAGGCCGAUGGAAACGGGUCAUGAAGAUUUGCCAAUAAAUACCUUACAAACGCAAAAAGAAGAUCUCACAAUGAGUGAUAUAUUACGCGAUUUUGCGCAGAGAAUGAAAAAAAUGUGGCACGAAAAUGCUGGAUUAUUUUUCUAA